CUGAAAGACAAGGUCUCAGUUUGUUUAAAAUACUGAAAUGAAUUCAGAAACAUUUAACUCAUUUGAUAGAAAAAGUACUUGAUUCUCCUGAAGAUUGUUCAGAUUUGUGCCUUGUCAUUCUAACAUUUUUCUUAAAAAAAAAUCUAUUGGGUGGGGCAAAGGGGUAUUUGCUUAAAGAUUUAAAUUGUUGAUUAUUUAGGAUUUUUGCAGACCUUUAAGUAGUAAGUAGUGUGGACUUUGUUUUGGAUUUUUUGAAAAGAUGCAUGUAAAGUACAGGAUUCUUUUAUGAAGUAAAAUAUUAAAAUGGGAUUUUUCUUUGCUAAAACCAGAUCCUUCUUUGGGAUUGUAGGGGUGUGUGUGUGUGUGUGUGUGUGUAAUGCUUUACAAGAAAUUCAGUCAUUUAAUAUUUUGUGGGGAAAAGUACUAUUAGAGGUAUUUGUAAUUAUCUUGUAGGAAAUACUUUAGCAUAAGGCUUUAAGUUAGAAGAAUUAAAGAGUAAUUCUUAAGUCUUACCAAAUGUAAGUAAUUCAAAUUAAGAUACUUUUUCUAUCCUAAAUUCAUCCUCAAAAGAGUAUAAGACCUUUAAGUGUAUUUCCAGUUUUUGGUGCAGCAAAUGUGAUUUGUGUAAGUGAAACGAAAACUUCCUAAGUCAUGUGAGCAUUAUCUGGAGGGUGAUAAAAAUUAUAAAUAUUGCCUAUACUACUUUUAAUAUCAGAGAGAAAAUGCUUUUAAUUCAGCAUUAAAGAGUAGCUUGAUUAUUGUCUUCCCUUAAAAAAAAAAAAGGUGAUGUAUAGCUUUUUAUUCUAAGAAAUGUGUUUGUAUCAUGGGACCUGUAGGGUCUGGACUUCUUUCUGAAGCAUGGACUUGGAAAUUGCUCACCUAGUUGAGAGAUUGAGCUCCCUUCAGAGGUGUGGGACUUUUCUGUACUCUUAACAAUAGGAAGACUUGAGGCUCUGUCAAGUGGGGAAUGGAGUAGAGCUGCUGUGGGAAGGGAGAGGAACUGUGAGAAUGUCACUUGUCUCGGCAUUGGAAGUCUGGAUUUAACCAGGGCUAAGAUCCCUUUAAAACUCUGACCCAGUGCAGCAUUGCAAAGAAUUGAUUUCUGAGAUGAGACAAUGAGCUGUGGUUUGCAUUUUGUAAAGAUGGAGGAAACCUCUAACACUGACCCUGUAUGGGAGAUGACUCAAUUAUCCAUGCUUUGGUACAGUUGCAAAUUAUUUUCCUUUGUCUGAAGUGGGAGGAUGCCAGUGCCUUCAUCAGAGCUCCUAAUUUAAUGUAUGGAAAAAUGUCUCAGCCACCAUUUUUAACAAUUAGCUGUAUCAUGGUUGAGGUGAGCUGGGUUCUGAAGGCUGCUGCAGGGCCAUUUCAUUUACAUUAGGUUCUGUGGCACUAGAGCUUUGUUACUGUAAAACUCAGAAAAUGAAUUUGCAGCCUGCAUAGAAGAGUUCUCUAGGAGGGUGGAGAGCAUUCCCGGAAAGAAAAUGGAAUCCUUUUGUCUACAGGCUUCCUAAAGAAUGAAAAGGACAAUGCCCUGCUGUCUGCCAUCGAAGAGUCCCGGAAGAGGACCUUCGGUAUGGCUGAGGAGUACCAUCGAGAGUCAAUGCUGGUUGAGUGGGAGCAAGUGAAACAGCGGAUUCUCCACACACUGCUGGCAUCAGGAGAAGAUGCCCUUGACUUUACUCAGGAAAGUGAGCCAAGUUAUAUCAGUGAUGUGGGACCCCCUGGUCGAAGCUCUCUGGACAGCAUCGAGAUGGCCUACGCCCGGCAGAUUUAUAUCUAUAAUGAGAAGAUUGUAAAUGGACACCUGCAGCCUAAUCUCGUGGACCUCUGUGCCUCUGUCGCAGAGCUGGAUGAUAAGAACAUCUCUGACAUGUGGGCCAUGGUAAAACAAAUGACAGAUGUGCUUUUGGCGCCGGCAACCGACGCCCUGAAGAGCCGUAACAGCGUGGAGGUGCGCAUGGAGUUCGUCAGGCAGGCCUUGGGGUACCUGGAGCAGAGUUAUAAGAAUUACACCCUUGUGACUGUCUUUGGAAACUUGCAUCAGGCCCAGCUGGGCGGGGUGCCUGGGACUUACCAGUUGGUUCGAAGUUUCCUGAACAUCAAACUUCCAGCUCCCUUGCCUGGACUUCAGGAUGGAGAGGUGGAAGGCCAUCCCGUGUGGGCCUUAAUUUAUUACUGCAUGCGCUGUGGAGACCUGCUUGCCGCCUCACAGGUGGUUAACCGCGCUCAGCACCAGCUGGGAGAGUUUAAAACUUGGUUCCAGGAGUACAUGAACAGCAAGGACAGAAGAUUGUCCCCAGCUACAGAGAACAAGCUCCGGCUGCAUUACCGCAGGGCCCUCAGGAACAACACGGAUCCCUACAAACGGGCCGUGUACUGUAUCAUCGGCAGAUGUGAUGUCACCGACAACCAGAGCGAGGUGGCCGACAAAACCGAGGACUACCUGUGGCUCAAGUUGAACCAGGUGUGUUUUGAUGACGACGGCACCAGCUCCCCACAAGACAGGCUCACUCUCUCUCAGUUCCAGAAACAGUUGUUGGAAGACUAUGGCGAGUCCCACUUCACGGUGAACCAGCAGCCCUUCCUCUACUUCCAAGUGCUCUUCCUGACAGCGCAGUUUGAAGCUGCAAUUGCCUUUCUCUUCCGCAUGGAGCGGCUGCGCUGCCAUGCUGUCCACGUGGCACUGGUGCUCUUUGAGCUGAAGCUGCUUUUAAAAUCCUCGGGACAGAGCGCCCAGCUCCUCAGCCAUGAGCCCGGUGACCCUCCCUGCAUGCGGAGGCUGAACUUUGUGAGGCUGCUCAUGCUCUACACCCGCAAGUUUGAGUCCACGGACCCGAGGGAGGCCCUCCAGUACUUUUACUUCCUCAGGGAUGAGAAGGAUAGUCAAGGAGAAAAUAUGUUUCUGCGCUGUGUGAGCGAGCUGGUGGUAGAAAGUCGAGAGUUUGAUAUGAUUCUUGGGAAACUAGAGAAUGAUGGAAGUAGAAAGCCUGGAGUCAUAGAUAAGUUUACUAGUGACACAAAGCCUAUUAUCAACAAAGUUGCUUCUGUGGCAGAAAACAAAGGACUGUUUGAAGAAGCAGCAAAGCUUUAUGACCUUGCCAAGAAUGCUGACAAGGUGCUGGAGCUGAUGAACAAACUGCUCAGCCCUGUCGUCCCCCAGAUCAGUGCGCCACAGUCCAACAAGGAGAGGCUGAAGAACAUGGCGCUCUCCAUCGCAGAACGGUAUAGGGCUCAGGGAAUCAGUGCAAAUAAAUUUGUGGACUCCACGUUCUAUCUUCUGUUGGACUUGAUCACCUUUUUUGACGAGUAUCACAGUGGGCAUAUUGACAGAGCCUUUGAUAUAAUUGAUCGCUUGAAGCUAGUGCCUCUGAAUCAGGAAAGUGUGGAAGAAAGAGUGGCUGCCUUCAGAAAUUUCAGUGAUGAGAUCAGGCACAACCUCUCAGAGGUGCUUCUCGCCACCAUGAACAUCUUGUUCACACAGUUUAAGAGGCUCAAGGGGACGAGUCCAUCCUCGGCAUCCAGGCCCCAGCGAGUCAUCGAGGACCGUGAUUCUCAACUCCGCAGUCAAGCCCGGGCCCUGAUUACCUUGCUGGGAUGAUACCCUACCGGACGUCUGGGGACACCAAUGCGAGGCUGGUGCAGAUGGAGGUCCUCAUGAAUUAAGUGCGAUGCUCUGAGGGUUCCUGGGGCUGCUGGCUGUCAGUACCUCGGGCGCGGGGCCCCGCCGCAGGGGGAGUCUCUGGUUUUGUUUCUGUUGUGUUUGUUUUGUUUUUUGUAUUAUGUAUUUUUGUCAACACCAAUAAAUUUCUUUGAUUUG